CACAUCACUUAAAAGUUAGGAUUUUUUUCCCCACGUGUUUCCAUUGAAUUUCUAUUUGUGUCAAGCCAUUUUAAGUUCUAGUUAAGUUUUAAGCUAGUCUAAAUUGUACGUCCUGAUAGGAUUUUGAGUUUUUGCAGUGUUUAAAAUAAAUGUAUGAUUACAGGCUGUAUUGGAGCACAAUAGGGACCAGUGCUACUUGGUGUUUUAUCCAGCAAUGACUACUGAGCUAAGAUUGAUAGUUAGCAUGAUUAAGUUUUUAUUUUACACCCUCAUCACUCCACAUCGCUAUGUUAUGUUAAAGCCUGUAUGUAAGACAUGUUAGCCAAGCAUCGACAGUGGUCAUAAUUAAUAGAAACCUAGCCGUCCACGGGGCUAACUUUACGUUAAUCUUAUUUAUUAGCGCAUAGCGCUCUUUAUUAGCGCUUAGCGCUCUACUGCUUUAAGAUGGCGGCUGUUUACUAACGCUGCCCAGACGCAGCCGAGUCUGUCAUUUCGCAUCUAGUUCAACAUACAUGUGAUCUCUAUGAGACUCAUCAGACACUACCUGCUACCAGUUAGCAUCGUGCGGGCUAGUAUUUAGCAACUUCGGCGUCGUUUUUAGCGGCUGUCGGCUGCAGUAAGUUUUUCUCUUCUUCUUCCUCUACGUGCGUGACAUCAGCGCGUCCCGCAUUAAAAGUAGUCCAAGCAAAACGUGAUGCUUAGAGCUGUCAAAAAAAAACGAUUACUCGAGGUGAAUAAAACUACUCGGAUCAGUUUUUAAACUCGAGUUACUCGAGUUAAUCGAGUAUUCGUUUCAGCUCUAGAUAGCAUGCACACAUCUGGUAAGAAUUGUCUUGAUGACAAGCAUUGUCUGAUGUGCAUCAUGGCUCGAUCAAAAGACCUGCGAUCAAGGAUUGUUGAUUUGUAUAAAGCUGGGAAAGGAUAGAAAACCAUCUCUAAAAGUCUGGAUGUUCACCAAUCGACAGUCAGAGAAGUGGUCUACAAAUGGAGAGAGUUCGGGCACUGUUGCUUCUCUCCCAAGGAGUGGCCGUCCUCCAAAGAUGACGCCAAGAGUUCAGCGCAGAAUACUCAGAAAGGUGAAAAAGAACACUAGCGUGUCUGCUAAAGACUUACAGAAAUGACUAACACAGUCCAAUAUCUCUGCACACAUCAACUAUAUGGCCAAGAAUGGUGUUCAUAGGAGGACUCUCCGGAGGAAGCCACCGCUGUCUAAAAAAAAAAACAUUGUUGCUGCUUUAAUGUUCGCAAAAAGGCACUAAGACACUCCACAAGAGUUUGGCAAAAUAUUGUGUGGACUGAUGAAACCAAAGUUGAAUUGUUUGGGAGUAACACACAACGUCAUGUGUGGAGGAAAAAUGAACAGCUCACCAGCAUCAACACCUCAUCCCCACCGUGAAGCAUGGUGGAUGGAGCAUCAUGAUUUGGGGCUGUUUUGCUGCCUCAGGCCCUGGACAACUUGCAAUCAUUAAUGGAAGAAUGAAUUCAAAAGUUAAUCAGGAAAACCUGAGGCUGUCUGUCAGACAGUUGAAGCCAAAAAGAGGAUGGAUGUUGCAACAAGAGAACGAUCCAAAACACAGAAGUAAAUCAACUCCAGAAUGGUUUCAGAAGAACAAAAUAGACUUUCUGGAGUGGCCAAGUCAAAGUUCAGACGUGAACCCUAUUGAGAUGCUGUGGCAUGGCCUAAAGACAGUGAUUCAUGCCAGACAUCCCAGGAAUCUGACUAAACUACAGCAAUUUUGUUGAGAUGAAUGGGUCAAGAUUAGUCCUGAUCAAUGUGCCAGAUUGAUCUGCAGCUACAGGAAGCGUCUGGUUGAAGUUGUUGCUGCCAAAGGCGGGGCUGCAAAAUAUUAAAUGUGAUGGUUCAAUUUAAGGCUGCAGCUAUUGAUUAUUUUAGUCAUGGAUAAAUUGAUGAACUAGUUCGUUCAAAUAAUCAAGCAAUCGGAUAAGGAACAUAAAAAAUUGAAAUACCUGAGCUGAGCCACAAUCUAUGUACAACAAAAGAACAAUUGGCUAACUUGCAUAGCAAAAGUCUGCUAGCUUACAUGGUAAAAAAAAAUUUUUUUUUACAAUGCUUUUAAAAAAAUGGUUCAGACACAUAUUCCCACACAUAACAACUAAAUAUACCUAUAAACUAAAUUACGAAUGCAUUAAAAAUAACAUUAGCUCAAACAAAAACGUAGCUUAGGUUGGCCUUGACAGGGAGCAGCUGGAUUCAGCCAUGUGAAGUGAGGCAGAUUAGAGGGCAGUGUAUCCAGCUAAAUCAAUAAAACUAAUUCAAACACUUUCAAAACAAACCAUUACAAUGCCACUUUAAUUAAACGACUACACGAAGCGGCAACAUUUAUUUUGAAUCUUUUUUUUCAUAAUGGAAUACACAAGUUAAUCGAUUAAUCGUUGCAGCACUAGUUCACUUGCUUAUUUUUCCCCCUUCUGUCAUUGUUUGCAUACUAGCCCCAAUGUUUGGGUGGUUUAAGUUAAAGCACACACUGUAUUUUUAUCUGUGUGAUUUUGACAAAGAUCACAUUUGAUGGUGAUUUUAUGCAGAAAUGUCACAAAUUCUAAAAACUUCAGAUACUUUUUCACACCACUGUAGCCAUUGUUCAACUCAUUCACUUCCAUUGACAGCCAAAGACAUCAAAUCCAUUUCAACUGGGAUUACCGGCAUUAAGCGAUCAUGCUUUACUGCCGUUGACGGCGAUAGAUGUCCAACCCAGUUUCAGGAUGUACCCUGCCUAUUAGAGAUAUGCCGAUCGACCGGGUCCGAUCACGUCAUUUUCAAAGUAUUGGAAUCGGCAAAAAAAUAUCGGCCAUGCCUUUUUUAAAUAUAUAUAUUUAUUUAAUUACAUUGUUUUCUAAUUGUAUUUAACGUUACAGACAUAAUGUGUUACACUCUUCCAGAGUCUUUAGUUUAAGCUUAAGGUAGGGUUAUCAAAUGUAUCGCGUUAAUGGCGAGAAUUCAUAUUUUUUACAUUUAUCACGUUACAAUAUUUAACGUAAUUAACGCACGCGCUGCACGACGCACUCGCGCAUUGUCGCGUUCAAUGUGUAAUGGCGCCGUUUUACUCAUGCAGUAUAUAGAGCUAAAAGUCAGCGUAAAAUGACAACAGUGAAUUUUGGCAGCCUUUGGAGCCUUUUUUAAAUGGCUAAAGCCUUACAAUCCCUCUCCCAAUAAAUAGAAUAAUCGUGGGAAGCAUUGUGGGGAAGAAAGGUAGUAGCUGAUCUUUUUCUUAACACCCUAUGUUAUUUCCCAACGCAGUACCACGACGCACAGUCAUGGUUGCACUUCCCAUCAUGCAUUUGGGCAGAAGUUAAAUGGCUACAGUAUCAUUUACUGAAAGCUCAACAAAUACACUAGAUGGCAAUAUUUAGUCACGAUAUACAAAGUCACAUUUAUGCUUUAAGAAUUACAAGUCUUUCUAUCCGUGGAUCCCUCUCACAGAAAGAAUGUUAAUAAUGUUAAUGCCAUCUUGAGGCUUUAUCGUCAUAAUAAACAAAUACAGUACUUAUGUACUGUAUGUCGAAUGUAUAUAUUCGUCCGAGUUUUAUUCAUUUUUUUCUUAAUGCAUUGCCAAAAUGUAUAUGAUCGGGAAAAAUUAUCGGGAAUGAUUUGGAUUUGAAUCGGGAGCAAAAAAAAAAAGCAAUCAGAUCGGGAAAUAUCGGGAUCGGCAGAUACUCAAACUAAAACGAUCGGAUCGGGAGCAAAAAAACAUGAUCGGAACAACCCUACUCUCUAUUAUUAUUUAUUUCUUCCAUUUUAUUUUUAAUUUGCCGUCUCGCUUAUCGGACGUCUCGCACUAUCGAUUGCAGCCAAAUGAUGACAUUUUUGUCCGGGUUGGCUGAGAUAACGGCCCUCUGAAGGAACCAUAACUGCAAUGUGGCCCUCGACAAAAAUACGUUUGACACCCCUGGUGGCUGGAAGGUAGUGGUAGGGGGUUGCGGGUUCAGACGCACUGGAGCCACAAGGUAACAGCUUCAUUGAGGCCCAAUGAGACGCUUUGAUGACUGGACGAGACGAGGCGGGGCAGGGGAAAAGGCUUUGAUGUGCACGGAAGCGGGCGGUCAGAGGGGGCCCGCCGCCUAUAAGUACGUGCCGACGGACCCCGGCUUUUACCUUACGUCAUGAGGGGACCAUUUUCUAUCGAGUGGAUGGCCAAAAGCAGCCGCGCCCAGGAGCUCGCCGGGACCCACGCCGACAGCCUGCCGGGCUUCUACGGGAGGCCCGCUUCUGACCACAAGCCGGGUGAGUCUUCCUUUCUCAUCCAUUCAUUAACUCAUUGGUUCCAUUGUUCCGAGGCAGAAUCCGGCAGCGGCGUUGAGGAGGAGACGUCUGGCUACGAGAGCGAGCGUUCCCCGUCGCCACCCGGCCGCCGGCACGACGUCAUCGCCGGCAGGAGGCCGCGCACGGCCUUCACGGCCGAGCAGAUCGGCAGCCUGGAGCGGGCCUUUGAGAGGAACGCUUACCUGGGAACGCACGACAAGGCGCAGCUGUGCCACAAGCUUAACCUCUCCGACAAGCAGAUCCGCAACUGGUUCCAGAACCGACGCAUGAAGCUGAAGCGGACGGUGCAGGAUGCCUUGGCCCAGGCCUCCCGCUUUGCGCCAUACCCUCCCGAGCUGCGGGCGUACCGGGCUGUGCCUUACCCCGGCCUCUGCUCGCCGCCGCCCUCGCGGACCGCCGCUUUCCCGCCAAACGGCGUCUGGUACGCCCCGCCCUUGGACUCGUUUUACCAAUACAGCGCUGGCGCUACGCCGGCGACCUCUCCUCUCACGGGCUCCUACUCACCGUACCCGCAAUACUACUGACAUUUUUGCCAUAUGUCAUCCAUGUGUGGAGUAUUUACACUUGGUGCAAUAUUGCGGGCGUGUUUAAAUAAAAUCCAUUUCCCACCGUGCGCGUGGUUGCCUAUGAGUGUUGCAGGACAUACGUGCGCCCAUGGACAAAUUCUAUUAAGCUUGCCAGUGCUGUGCUCUCAUUCCAAAUGGAUUGGACGUCCAUUGCAGUCAAUGUCAGAGUCAACUCCACAAACCAAUUAAACCCCCGCUAACUCGAUGAUUAAGCCUUAUGUAAAAAAUUCUGAACUGAAAUUAUAGGAAAGUCAGUUGCAUGCAAUGACAUUUUUCGGCCACUGGGGGGAAGUGGGGCACUGCCCCCAUGAAUCCCUGCCUAUGAUGUAAGGGCGUUAGUACUGUACCAACAAUGGUGAUGGAAGAUAAGCAAUUUUACAUUUUUGAUGGCGCGGCACAGUUGGCUCUCUUUCAAGAAAACAAACAAAUAAAUAAAUAAAUAGUGUCUUUCGGGCUAAAGUGGCUGAAAUGUAGUCUUGAGUCAGGUUGAAGGUUCCUAAAACGAGGCUGUGAGACACGAGUUUACAAUCACUGACAAAGAAUGUUUACCAUAAUUUCUGGACUAUAAGGCGCACCUGACUAUAAGCCUCCACCCACCAAAUUUGACACGAAAACGGCAAGUGUUCAUAGAUAAGCCGCACUGGACAAUAAGCCGCAGCUAUCCUCGCUGUAUUAUGGGAUAUUUACCCCAAAAGAUAUUAACCGUUAACACUUUUUUUGACAGUGGCGUCAUAAGACUGCCAUGAGAACAAAUGAACCACCAUGAAGCUUUGAACAACUUGGCUGCAAGACUUCAUUGCUUCAAGAAGUUUCAUUUGGCCAUCACUGCUCCCUUGGGGGAGAGAGUCAACCUCUGCUGCCACCUGCUUUUGCUGUCCAACAUGCCUCCUUGCAUGCAU